AUGGGGAGGGCAUGGAAGGCGCUGCUUGCUGCGAUGCUGGCAGGUCUGGGCAGUUGGGCGCGUGAGGAAGAGCAGAAGAUCGGAGUCAAAGUGUUGGCUCCUCCCGACCUGUCGAUCGUUCCAGGAAGCUUUCAGGUUGUCAUCGAGGUGGCAGGAGGAGAUCAGCUAGAGCAAGGAUGUUUUGCUACUGUCCUCCUCAACAACCAAGAGGCGGCUAACUUUACCUUGGCCAACACACCAGUACAGCAGUUCAAGCUGGACAUCACCAAGAUCAGGCAGAUGGUAUAUGACUGCGUUGUCGUCGUGAUCGGCCCUGGCUCGAACUACCUCGGCGUGUUCGACGUUGUCACUAUAGGAGUUCUCCAAGACCUUGACGAAGAUCCUGCUUCCAACGACAAUGGGCGGCAGUGGACAGAAGAGGAGAUCAAGGAGAGCAUGCGGAGGGGGAGGGUGGUUAAACAAGGCAGGAGCGAGCAUGCAGAUGAGAUCUUGGGGUCGAUGGUAGAGGACGACGCUCUUGAUGAGGAGGAGAUGGAGUGCGGAGUGAGGUCGCAGGACUCGCAUUUGAGGGCCUUUGGUGGUCUUUUGAGACUUUGGCAAGGCCGACGCGUUCAAGCAGGGAAGGAUGACAACCGGGCCGGGUUCACCGAGAAGAUGGUUUCCUUGGCACAAGCAGAGUCUAUGCAUCGCGAGCUGUAUCAGGCAAUGAGAGCAGCCUCGCCUGAUGAUCCUGCGAUGGGGAUGGAAGGAACGAGCGGACAACUCUAUGAGCAGACUCUGCUUUACCACCUCUUGUCCCUCUCCCAAGAGAUCCGCACUGUUUGCGAGACGGGCUUCGGAGCGGGUCAUAGCGCUGUCACAUGGCUGUCUGGGCAUGGAGACCUUCGCGUCGUCUCGUUCGAUCUGGCCAAACUCAAGGGGCAGGAGGUUGGAGAGCGCUUCCUCGGGUCAAGGUUCCCUGGGAGACUGGAAGUGGUCCACGGGGACUCGUCGUGGACGGUCCCGGAGUUUGUCUCUACCCAUCCCGACCUAAAGGUCCUGCCCACCCCUUGGAUCGCCUGGCCUGACCGGCACCCCCAGUGCGACCUGAUCCACGUGGACGGCGGACACUUCGACUUCGUGCCUUGGAAUGACAUGGUGGAGUUCGGAAGGGCAAGCCAUCAGUCUACGAUUGUUGUCGUGGACGAUGCCCCGUCACUUGGCGAUGUGGCCCGUGCUGUGAAGGUGGCGCAAGAGCGCAAAAUCAUACAAGAGAUUGGUUGCUGGAAUGCAGUGGGAUUUGACAACAACACAAAAAACCGUCACCUUCGUGGGUUUUGUGCCUACCAUUAUAACGUGAGAGCAGUUUUGGCGUUCAGAAGAAUGGAAUAG